AUGGUGACACCACACAUGCUGGGUCUCAUCGACACUAGACUGAGGCAAUUAAAAGGCGAACCCGACAAACUCUACGGUGGUGUUCACCUCAUCUUUUGUGGCGACUUCUACCAACUUCCACCGGUCGGCAGCGACACCAUUUACUCCAACAUCAAUGCCACAGCAGGUGUCAAUACCAUCCGAGCAUCGAACGGCCGGCACACUUGGAAAACGUGCCUCACCGACGUCAUAGAACUCACCAAAAACCACAGGCAACAAGACCCGAAAUGGGCAUCGGCCCUCGAACAUUUUAGGGUCAAUCAACCUCGUCAAGAUGACAUCGAUUUAGUUUCCAGCAGGUACAUGUUCGAUGACCUCCAUCCCAUACCCAGUCCACCAAAAUUUACCAUGACGGCCUUCCCUUUCAAUGACAAGCGCGAAAAAGCGCUGCGAUACUGCGAGCAACAGCUCCUUCAAAAACUCCCCAAUUGCAGAAAACUUGACGACUGGCGUACCCACGACAUCUUGCUGGUUAAAGCCAUCGUCAAACCCUCCAAAACAUCCAACCCCAUGACAGAAACCCAAAUAGAAGCCAUCCGUAAUCUAGGCUCCAAAAAACUAGGUCGGUCAGGCAACUUGUACUGUAUCGUCGACGCACCAUACAUCGUCACGAAAAACGCCGACGUUUCCAAAGGAGUGGCCAACGGAACGCUAGCCUUCCUUCAGGGUGCCUACCGUCUACGCCAACGAUGUACAAUGUCAUUAUUUCAACAUAAAAAUUCUGCAUGGAACAACGUCUCUCCUUUCACCAUCAUACCCAAAGGCUGGUUCCCGGUCGUCCCUUCCACCAAAUCCGCCGAAUGCAAUUUCAACGAAUUCUACCGGACCAAAAUUCAGAUGCACCAGUUGCCGUGCGUCCUAUCCUUAGUUUUCACUGGACACAAAACGCAAGGACUCACCACCGACUCCAUAAUUCUAGCUUGCUUGGCCCCCAAAGAUAAAUCAGGAGUCAGUGGAUGGCUUUACGUCAUUCUGUCAAGGGUAAAAACCAUCGAAGGAUUGUUUCUAAUGGAAAAUAUCGAAAAAAAAUCCGGCCAAAUACGUCGCAAGAUCUGA